AUGGCUUCAGCGGGACCACCGAUAACCACCGUCUACGUGCGGAACCUCGAGGAGCGCGUCAAAAUCGACACCCUCAAAGAUGCCCUGCGCGAGCUCUUCUCCGAGUUUGGCAAUGUCAUCGACAUCGUCGCAAAGACCAACCUGAAGGCGAAGGGCCAGGCCUUUAUUGUCUUUGACAACCCCGAGUCGGCCAAGCAAGCUGCAGAGGAGGCCGACGGCUUCGACCUGUUCGAGAAGCCCAUGCAGGUGGCGCUGGCCAGGUCAAGGAGCGAUGCGACAGUGCAGAAGUUCGGAAGCGAGGAGGAGUUCGAGCAGCACAAGAGGCGGCGAGCAGCAGAGAAAGACAAGAAGAAAGCCCUCGAGGCCGAGCAGCAACGCCUCAAGCGCCCCGCCCCCGGCGGCGAGCAGUCUGGCCGCCCGUCGAAGGCAGCAAGAGGUGCUGGUCUCAAGCCAACUGGUCCCGCCGCGGCCGCUGUCGUCCCGGACGAGUACCUCCCCCCCAACAAGAUUCUCUUUGUACAGAACCUCCCCGACGACAGCGAUGCUGUCACUCUCACAAACCUCUUUGGCCGCUUCGAGGGCUUCCGCGAGGUCCGCAUGGUGCCUGGUCGUCGGGGAAUUGCGUUCGUCGAGUACGAGAACGAAGCGGGUGCUAUUGCCGCCAGGGAGAACUUGGCUGGCACUCAGCUUGGCGGAAAGAACAUCAAGGUCACGUACCAGAGGCAGUAG